GUGUGACAAAAUCUUGCACACCACACUUGAUCAUCACUUUUUUUUUCAACGAAAACUUGUUCGUCGCACUUCUCCUGUUAACCACCAUAUAAAUCUCCCCAAAAGUGAAGUCUUUCACCACUUAUGCAUGCCAAGAGGUUUAACAAGAUGGCUCGGCCGUCGUCGUCGUGGUGGAUGGCGCUGCUCGUCGUCGCCGCCGUGGCGCAGCUCGGCGCGUCCGACCUGAGGACGGACUACUACAACAGCACGUGCCCCAACGUCGAGAGCAUCGUGCUCGGCGUGGUGAAGGACAAGAUGCAGGCCACCAUCCGCACCAUCGGCUCCACCGUCCGCCUCUUCUUCCACGACUGCUUCGUCGAUGGGUGUGACGGCUCGGUGCUGAUCACGUCGACGGCGGGCAACACGGCGGAGAGGGACGCGCCCGACAACCUCUCGCUGGCGUUCGAGGGAUUCGAGACGGUGAGGAGCGCCAAGGCCGCCGUCGAGGCCGCGUGCCCCGACCAGGUCUCCUGCACCGACGUGCUCGCCAUCGCCACGCGCGACGCCAUCGCCCUGAGCGGUGGGCCAUUCUUCCCGGUGGAGCUGGGCAGGCUGGACGGCAUGAGGUCCAGCGCCAGCAACGUCGCCGGCAAGCUGCCGCAGCCGAACAACACCCUCAGCGAGCUCGUCGCCAUCUUCAAAUCCAACGGCCUCAACAUGUCUGACAUGGUCGCGCUCUCAGCGGCGCACAGCGUCGGGCUGGCGCACUGCAGCAAGUUCUCGGACCGGCUGUACCGCUACAACCCGCCGUCGCAGCCGACGGACCCGACGCUGAACGAGAAGUACGCGGCGUUCCUCAAGGGCAAGUGCCCCGACGGCGGGCCGGACAUGAUGGUGCUCAUGGACCAGGCCACGCCGGCGCUCUUCGACAACCAGUACUACCGGAACCUGCAGGACGGCGGCGGCUUGCUCGCCUCCGACGAGCUGCUCUACACCGACAACCGCACGCGGCCGACGGUGGACUCGCUGGCGGCCAGCACGCCGGACUUCUACAAGGCCUUCGCCGACGCCAUCGUCAAGCUCGGCCGCGUCGGGGUCAAGUCCGGCGGCAAGGGCAACAUCCGGAAGCAGUGUGACGUCUUCAACUGAGAAAAAUGGCACUACGACGGCGACGACUACGGACCAUUUGUAGAUUGUGUAUACACGAUCGAUUGAAAAUGUGUGUGUUGACACGUAUAUAAAUUGCAAAGGAGUGAUUCGUUGGGUUUGCCAGUUUUCUGUUUGUACAUCGAUCGAUCGGUCUUGUUCAAUUCGUUGUGUUAAAAUAUGUGUGUUUCUGCACAUAAUUUGGAUUCAAUGAAGUAAUAAGUGAAUAAAUA